AUGGACGACGAUGCUGGCUGGGAAAUCCCAGUGGCAGAGGAGACCGACUUUCCUGAAGUUUCGCGAUCACGAACGUUCCCACAACGACCACACUCUCCGUCGCGACGACUGCAAAGACAGGUCAAUACACGACUCCUCUGCUCCAUGACCCACGCCAAGGACAUCGCAUCUCUGGUUUCGCGAAUGGUGGAUUGCAAGGAUCAAUGUACGGUUGUAUCGCCAGGAAGCGCGACCCCUUCGAUUGAGGAGGAUGAAGGCUACAACAGUGGAGAGAACUCCGUUUCACAGUCACGACGGUCGAGCAUGGCUCCAGCAAAGGUUCGAGCAGGAUUGGAGUACCGUCGGUCAUCAGACUUCAAGACCACAGGCGCAUACGUGAGCAAAGCGACACGGUUCAGGAAAGACAAGAAGCAUAAGAGGAUAAGGAGUGCAGAGAGCGAGGCAUGA